AUGUGUCCACCAGAAUUAAGGCAACUAACUGUUAUAUCAGCCUGUACAAAGAAUGUUAAACACCCAAAACUGAAUAUCCAUUUAGAGCGGUCUCACAGUCAGUUUAUUCGCGACUUUGUGAUCCGUGACUAUCGCUACGACGCCACUGAUCAAAGGGAUGACUCCGUCACUGACCGUUAUAUCAGAGACUGGAUUUCUCUGCUCUACACUGAUGAAGAACUUAGCUCUCAGAAUAUAAAGGACAAAGAAGCCAAAGUAGUUUUCUUACAAAAAUGUAUAGAUGCAACUGCUUUAGCAACUGGGGAAAACUUGGGAGUACGGCCAAGUAAGGUUGUAGCCGGCCAUGAAGCUGACAAGACAAAUGAGUGGCUUCAGGCCUUGGGCCAGGCAAUCACACAAAAGAUUGAUUCCUCCGAGGCUGUUCAACAAGUGCUUAGCGGAGUCAAGCCGGGGAAGAGCAAAAAACCCGAUAAGGAAAAAGUGGAUAAAAAAUCGGAUAAAGGAAAGAAACCGGCAGCUGCAAAUAAUAGAGGUGUCAGUGAUAGUGACCCAAAUUCAACCAAAGACCCAAAUCCCACCAAAAAUAUUAAACCUUCCCAAGAUCCCAAACUUAACAAAGACCCUAAAUCAACUAAAAACCCAAGAGCUUCCAAUAACCCUAAAACAGUCCAAGGCCCCAAAGGCAGGGAGUCCAGACCAACCCGAGACCCCAAAGAGACCAGAGAACUCAGAGCGGGCAAAGAGUCUAAACCCUCUCAAGACAAAGGCUCUCCAGUGAAGACCUCAAAAGGCAAGGAUGCCAAGGAGAAAUCAAAUAAAAAAGACAAGGGUAAGGAGAAGGAAGAAGGGAAAACCGCUAAGAGUAGUAGGGAGAGGAGAAGUAAAGAUGGCGGGGAUGAUAAAGAAAAGAGGAAAUCCAAGAACAGUUCACCUGAGAAAACUAAAUCUAGCAAAUCAAGACCAACGAGUCGGAUGGGCCAGGUGAAGGAGUCGGGGAAAGAGAACUCUCCGCCACAUGAGAUAAUUGAUGAAGGAAUGAUCCCCAAUGGACAUUCACCUAUAGAGGAAGUGAUGGAAUCACCCCCCAAAUUGGACUCGGCAAGACCUCCCAGUGCCCGACCAGGUCUCCACAUGCCAGCGGAGGAUGGCUUAGUGGCCUCUACCGGACCCGAGUCAUUGAUUCAGGUAGAUGGUGGGGUGGAGCAGGAAACAAACGAGGCAGAAGAGCCACCUGUGAUAUCGCAUACACCUGUUGGGGAUAAUAAUGACAUUGACCCGGCUAUUCUUAAAGCUAUGGCUCCAAAUAAUGACCAGCUACAAGAAGAUGGACACUUAGGCCUACCUCAUCCUGAGCCUCCAGACUCAGGUGUAGGCUCCCUAGACUCUCCCAAACAUCCACCAAAGGAGCCUGAAAGUUUACCAAUGGCUGAAAGUUUACCAAUGGCCCCAACACCUAAGCCUGGGCCACAGCCUCUGAGAGCCAUGGAACAGUUUGGUGAGGGGCCUGCACCUACACCACCUCCACUCCCACUCCUGCCCUCGCAGGAUGAUGAAAACCCUCCUCCAGGAGAAUCAAGUACACGUCCGCGCACUGGUAGACGAUCAGCCCGGCCCCCAAGUGCACGCCCAGCACCUCCAAGAAUUCGUGAGAGACGAGAAAUCCCUAAGGAGGAAUUACAGCGUCCUCCCACUGGAAAACCUGUGGCUAAUGUGAUCCUUUCCUCUAGUGUAGCUGAUAAUGAUGAUGAUGAUGAUAAUUUUGUAGUCGAGGACUCAAAACCUACAAUAUCAAUGGAGGAAGAUACAUUACCCUUAGAUGCUGCUGCAGCCAGUGGAGCAGCAGCUGCAGCAGCAGCAGUGGGAGAAGAUGGUGAAGGAGCAGGGCUUCUGGUAGCUCAGAUAUUAGAAACCAAAAAAGAGCUUGAAGAUGGACGCCGUAAAGCCUUUUCUCCUGAGACACCCGGUCACAGACGUGUUCCAAUUGAGCAGUCUCUUCUGAGUGAUGCCAAUCGGAAGAAAGAACGCGAACUAAUCCAAAAAGAUGUACAGAAACUCAGUGGCUCCAUACAGUCCAUCACAAGAUCUGUAAAUCCAUUAGCCAAGAUGCUAGAUUACCUUCAGGAAGACCUAGACUCCAUGCAGAAGGAACUAGAAAUGUGGCGUAGCGAGAACAGACAGUUGUCACGAACUCUCAAACUUGAACAGAGUUUAACAGAUCAGGAGCUGGAGCCAUUGAAGUCUCAGCUACAAGAAUAUGAAACAGCAGUCCAGGAUCAGCGGGAUAAGUUGUCUGCCAUUAAGUCAAACAUCCUUAAGAAUAGUGACAAAAUAUCACGUCUGAUGGCUGGUAUAAAUUUAAAUAUAUAAUAUAACUUAUCAGGCAUACAAUGAGGUCACUUUGUUUUUAGAUGAUUGUACAUAAAGUUUUUUUUUCUGAAAUAUAGAAUCUCUUAUAUAAACUACUGUAGUAUAAUAUAUUUUGUUAAUAGAUAUGCAUGCAGUUGGAUUAAUACACUAUACUGUUUGCAGAUUAGUAAAGAAGUAUUUAUUCAAAACAAAUUUAUAUAUUAAAUGAAUGUGGUAUAGUUAAGAGGCACAGUUUAUUUUAGAUUAUAUUUCCACUAUUUAUUUUUUCAGGAAUAUGAUUACAUUAUCAACACAAAAGGUAAUUACUUGCAAAGAAAUCUGUCCAGUUUUCUUGUGUUAUACAUAUAUUUACUGGUAUCUUAUGUAUUAAAUUAUGAUUUAAUACCCCAUUUGGUGGAUAUGAUCCAGCCAUUCAAGAAUGAUGAAACAUACAGGACUUAGAAACUGUACCUUUCUGACACCAGUUCAAGUUUUUUAAUACUUAUGAGAAGUAGGUUGAGUAUUCCAACAAGUUGAUAGUGAAGAUAAACUCAGGUGGGUGUAAGAGUAGAAUGGUUGAGAACGGCAGCAAGAGCCUCUGUGAGACUCCCAGUGAUGUGAUACAGUAACACACACACACAUACUGGGUUUUCUCUAUGUGAUAUGGAACAGUUCAAAGUAUAUAGAAAGUUUGUCUUAGCCAUUUUCAAAGUUACUUAGUAAUCAGGUUCGUAUGAUUUAUGUUUUUUGUUAUGAAUUUAUUGGAGUUAGAAGCUCUGAGAGUAAAAAAAAAAAGUUUAGACAAUAACUAAAUGCAUUUGACUAGUAGAACAGAACCUAAGAAUGUAUAUAUAGAGAGCAAGGUACAAACAUGUUAUUUAUAAAUAUCAAAUUUUUUUACACCAUAUAUAUGAUGUAGUGUAUAUCUGCUUGUGUAUCUCAAAAUGUUGUAUCCAACCACCAAGCACUAUAGUGUAUGGUCGCCAAAAACCAGAGUAACACAAACUCUCCCAGACUUGGUGUCAUUCAUCCUCUCCUGCUGAUGUACCAAGUUGUGUUGUGGAGACGCCCUGGCAGAACAGGUUGAUAGAUAAGUUUAUUGACCCCAAAAAUUUGCAAAUUACAUAUACCCUGUAUACCUGUAGAAACAAAUAAGAGAUAUAACAAAAACUGCUUAAGCUUUAUGGUCCACAAAGAAUAGAAGCCAAAACCAGAACAAAAAAUAAAAUUUGGUUAUUCAACUAGAAACAACCAAUGAUGUAAAAUGAGGAAGAAUUUGUGUUUCUCUUGAUUUCAGCCAUCUUGUGCUGUAAUAGGAAAAGACAAGUAAGAAAUAUGAAUGACAAAAACAAAACACAAAAUAAAUACCUGUACCGGUAAUUUGAGAAUCGUGACUUAUCUUUAAAUUUGUUUUUUAUUUACACAAGCAUUUAUACCUUACUGUGCUUUCAUUAUCAGAAUAAUUUUAUAGUGUCCUAAACCUCAAGCAGCCACAUAAAUUGCCAUCGUAACCUGAACAUGUUUUGUACCUCAACAGGGACCAUAUGAGAGCAUUUUCCACAUGAAUAAGGUUUUUACAAUCUUAUUAGUUUAGUUACUACUGUAGCUUCAACAUAGAACAGUGAUCAAAAUAGAAUAGUCACUAGUCUUGAAAAAGAUUUAAUUUUAUUAGAAUCUCAGUAUGCAUUGUUGGAAUUAGUUUUUGUUGCCUGCCUAGCAACCAAAAUACAUUUAUAUUCCCCAAAUUAUCUAGGAACAGACAAUGCUCUUAUGAGUGGUGGUGAGUGUCGUGUUGUGUAUACUGCACUCGGUAAAUAAAUUAUUUAAAUGCAAUUUAUCACUAACUUUUUAUAUUUGGUUCAACUAUUUUUUUUUGUAUUUACUGUAUUUAAAGAAAUACCAUAAAAUGGUAAUAGUCAUUUCCCUACAGAGUGUUUGAAACUCCAAUUGUUGUAUAUCCUCUUACCCAGAGUUUACGCAUCCACUGUUUUAGUCUAUUUCUGUGAGGCUUCAUAGAAAUGUAAAAACAAGUUUCAUACUGCACACUUUAGGUGUAACAACUUGAUUAAGAAUUAGAGUACAGUACUGUACCUGUACUGGCAUUUUAAGAUUUAAAAUUGCUGGUUUGGUUAAUCAUCAUUUUAUAACAGGAGAAAUCCUCAAGAUGUACUGCCAGAGUAGAUGUUGCAAUACUGUAUUUAGCUUCUAAUGAAAGGGGAAAUAUAAUGAAGAAUUACAUAAUACUGUACCUAAUUUUUUGUCUGUUCAUUAAGAAAGUUUGUCAUUAUGGAGUCAUGUCAGGGAUUUUAAGUUAGCAUAAUACUGUUUUUGGAGUGUGUGUGCUUGCAAGUGUGCAUUUUAAAGAUGUUCAUGUCUCCCCAAACCACUUGUACUUUUUGUAUGUAUUAAACGAUCACUUCACAACUUCAAAGCUAACAGAGCUAUUUUCAGGUCUAUCAAUUCUCUAUAAAUGUCUUCUUUACACACACAGUUUCUAAAAAUAGUAUCAUGCCUUUUCUGAACCCGUGGUGUGACCCCUUCGAUAUAUUUUUACAUAUCAAAAGCAAUUAUUUUUUCUGUCAUAUUUAUGAAACACACAAUACAGGUAUAUAAUAUUAAUUAUAUAACUUAGUAUGACCGUCCAUUUGAAACCUGUAUGCAUUCAUUUGUUGUGUUUAUGUCCAAAUGUAUGUGAGAGUCUUGUGUAUGUUUAUGAAGAUACUAAGGUCAGUGUUGCACUAGUUAUACUCCAUCAUGUAAGUCUAAAAAGAAUCUCUUGUAGAGGUAAUGGAGAGUAAUUAAAAAAAACUGUGAUGGCCUUAACUUCAGGUAGAUCCAGGGUUUUGUUUAUUAUUAUUAUUAUUAUUAUUAUUAUUAUUAUUUCCUUGAUAUACAUUCCUAGUUUGAAGUUAAAUUAAAGUGUGUUGAUAUAGAUAAAUUUCCAUAUACUGUACUGUACAAGCUUACUAUUUGUAGGUUAGGUAUCUACAAAUGUAAUUUUCUCAUAACUCUUUAUGUACAGUACUGUAGUAUAUAUAAUCGAAACAAACAAGCAAUGUUUUGCAGCUCAUGGAUGUUGUGUAAACAGAGUUGUACAAUAACUAAUAUUGAUCUAAUUUUUUUAAAAAUCAAACAAAAAAGAAUAUCAUAAAGUGAUGCUUGUAGUUGGUUUAUAUUAUCAUUACAUACAAGGAGAAUAUAGCUUAUUAACUGAGACUCACUCUGAAUAUUGACAUCAAAAACAUGUGUAUAUUGAUGUUAACCAUAAUUAUAAUUAUGCUGUUGUUGCCAUUACAUUUACCAGUACCUUACACUGUUGCAUCAAGCUACUCAGGUUAGUGUAGGACAAACUCUAUUUGACUCUAGUUAAACCACUUAUCACUUACAUGUGUUGGCAGCAGUUUGGACCCAGGAUCAUGUUUUUUUUGAGAAAAAUUAAUGAUAUUUCUGAUAUUGUUAUUGGCACUGUAUUAUGUAAUGCAAAAAUAUGAAAGUCUAAUACUACUGUAUAGAAUAUGAGACCAACUCCUAAAUAGUAUUACAGUAGACCCUUGCCAUCCGUGGCUUUGUGAUUUCGAUGAUUUGCAGUAAGCAGAUGGUGGCCACCAUCUGCUUAGCCUUUUCCCACAGCGCAACGAGCCACCCCACGCACCCACAGCGUCUCCUCUCCCUCUGUUCUUGCUCAACCAUUGCCUGUGAUGUAGCAUCUCAUGUUGUAGUCUCAAAAGUUUAGUGUUUCUGUGUGAAAUGGAUCUAAAAGACUGUGUAGUGUCAGUGUUAGUGGAGUGAAAUGUAAAAGGCAGAAAUCAGUGAUGACCCUGACAAAGAAAUUUGAAUUACUAUUUAUUAGAUAAGUUAAAAGAGGGGAUGAGUGCUGCCUGGUCGGUUGUUUGGUACAGUAUAGGUGUACAGUGGUGCAUUAAGGUAUAGUAUAAGUUGCUAUUUGCAGUUUUGCCUAUUUGUGCCAUUCCUUAGAAUCUAACCUCCGCGAAUAACAAGGGUUUACUGUACUGUACUCUAUGUCUGACAAACUCCUUUUGCAAAGCUGUAACUUUAUUAUAUAAAAUGAUAAUCAAUACACCUCAGCUGUGGUCCAGAUUGGCAACCAACUUCUAUAACUAUGGACACAAUAUUUUCUUAAACAGACCAUAGUGUGCUUUAAUGUCUUGCUUUUUUCACCUCAGAUUUCAUACAUCUUGCAUAAAGAAAUUGUUGGGAAAGAUUUACGUCAACUGAUAACCUUAAAAAAUACCGGUAGUAUUAUAGAUAGAAUUUUAGUGUAAAUUUGAAAUAUUAUGUUUAAAUCUUGAAGCCUUUUGUGAGAUGUUUCACCUGAAAAUCAAUUAAUUGCACAAUAAGAUAUUAGCCCUCUGUGUUCAGACAUACAUAAAGAUCAUUAAUAACAUACAAACUGUAGUUGUUAAUGCACAAAGUUGCUAAUUAUAUAUAAUAUUUUGAAGCAAGGCUGCUUAUUUCUGCCUUAUAUAUAAUUACCAUGUAGUACAGUAAUGGCAUGUGCAACUCUCUACUUUCCAUUUGUUUAUUAUCAAUAAGAGUUGUUAGGUAAGUAAGAAUAUGGGAGGGAAGUGAAAUGACUUCAAAACCAGUGUACAGUACACUACUCGUACAUGCUUUAUCCAUAGAGUAUUCAACAUGUAUCAUAUACUUAUACUGUACAUCGACUUUGUCCCAUAACAGUGGACUUAUAACUUGUAGACAAUAAUCCUCAUGGAUGUGAUUAAAAAAAUUUGUUUAGCUAAAUUUAUUAAGUUUCUUUUCUUUUCUUUUAUUCUCUUCACCACUGAUCAUCUCGUUAGCCGCUUGGGCGUUCGGUUACUUCUCUGUUUCGCACUGUUGGCAAG